CCGUUUGUUUUGACUAAAUGAUGUUGCCUGUGUGAGUUGAUUCACACAAAUCCCCGGUCUAGCGUCGCGACCAAUCGGGCAAUCGCGCUGCGCCGGUGACGCUACGAAGGGCCGUCCAUCCGCGCGCCUGCAUUCAUAAACGGAUGUGAUAAGUGUUGAAUGUACUGUACAGAGACGAAACUUGGACCAUGGCGGAAGAAGACGACACGAAAAUCCGGAUUUUGCAGAGCCUCCGAGGGAAGAUCUGCGAAGCGAAGAAUCUGGGUCCGAGCUCAGGGCCGAACCGUCUCCGUGACCUCUGCACAUUUUGUACCAUCAGUCUGGAUCAGGAGGAAGUGUACCGCACUAAAGUCUACGAGAAAAGCGUCAGUCCGUUCUACGGAGAGGACUUCUACUUCGAGAUUCCCCGCCCGUUUCAAUGCCUGUCCUUCUAUGUGUACGCCAAGAGCAUGUUUCAAAGAGAUCUACCUGUAGGAAAAGUAGCCAUCAGGAAGGAAGAUCUAUAUAAGAACAGCGGGAAAGAGAACUGGUUUCCUUUACAGCCUGUUGAUCCACAUACAGAAGUUCAGGGGAAGGUUCAUUUAGAAAUGAAGUUGAAUGAAUUGAUCACAGAGACGGGAUCUGUUCAGCAGCUUGUGGUUCAGAUAAUUGCAUGUCAAGGUUUGCCAUUAAUAAGCGGGCAGAACUGUGACCCGUACGCCACAGUAACGCUCGUAGGACCCGCCAGGUCUGAUCAGAAAAAAACUAAAGUAAAGAAGAAAACCAGUGACCCUCAGUUUGAAGAGACCUUUCACUUUGAAGUCACAAGGUCAAGCAGUUACAAGGGAAGAUCACAUUUUCAAGUGGAAGAGGAGGACAUGGAGAAAUUAGAGAUCAAGGUUGAGCUAUGGAAUAAUGGUAACUUGGCACAGGACGUGUUUUUAGGAGAGACACGAGUAUCUGUGAAAAUCCUGAGAAUUGACCAUGUGCACAGAGCCUGGUACUUGCUGCAGCCUAAAGGCAACGGUACGAAAUCUAAGCCAGACGAUCUGGGUUCAUUGCGUCUGAAUGUAACGUAUACCGAAGACAAUGUCCUGCCCUCUGAAUGCUACACUUCGCUCCGCAACCUAAUGCUCAAAUCUCCAGAUGUCAAGCCCAUCUCGGCGUCGGCAGCUCAUGUAUUGGGAGAUGUUUGCAGGGACAAUGUGGGGUAUGAAGCCCUGCUUCCUGUGGUCAGACUGCUGCUCCAUCACAACAGAUUGCUGCCCUUCCUCACCGCUGUAGCCGCCCUGGAGCUGGAGAAUACACAAGAGGCCAACACCAUAUUCAGAGGAAAUUCUCUGGCCACCCGCUGCAUAGAUGACAUGAUGAAGAUUGUGGGCCGAAGUUACUUGACUGUCACUCUUAAACCUGUUCUCAAUGAGAUCUUUGAAUCAAAUAAAACCUGUGAGAUUGACCCCAUCAGAUUAAAAGAGGGUGACAACGUGGAGGUCAAUAAGGAGAACCUUCAGGGCUACGUGCAGAAAGUUUUUACAUCUAUUACACAAUCUAGCUCCAGCUGUCCUCCUUUAAUGUGUGACGUCUUCAGGUCACUCCGACAGCUCGCAUCUAAACGCUUUCCAGCCGAUCCUCAUGUGCAGUACUCGGCCGUCAGUAGUUUUAUAUUUCUGAGGUUUUUCGCAGUGGCCGUUCUCUCUCCGCACACGUUCCAGCUGCGUUCUCAUCAUCCUGACCCUGAAAUUUCCCGUACACUAACUCUCAUCUCUAAAACCAUCCAGUCUUUGGGCAGCUGGGGCAGCCUUUCCAAGAACAAACUGUCUAGCUUUAAAGAAACUUAUAUGUACGAUUUCUUCAAGUUAUUCCAAGAAGACGAAUGUAUAGAAAAAGUAAAAAAGUUUUUAGAUGAGAUCUCCUCUAAUGUCUCUAAGGAAUCCAGCGGAGUGGAGGACUCAUUUGUGUUGAAGGAGGGAGAGGUACAUAAACGGGCACAGGGCAGAAAACGGAUAGGAAAGAAGAACUUUAAGAAACGCUGGUUACGUCUGACCAAUCAGGAGCUGUCCUAUCAUAAGCAGAAAGGGAAAGAAGCAUUGUGCACCAUUCCUGUAAAAAACAUCCUCGGCGUGGAGAAACUAGAAGAAAGUGCCUUUAACCGCAAAAACAUGUUUCAGGUAAUCCAUUCAGAGAAGCCUCUAUACGUUCAGGCGGGGAACUGUGUGGAGGCCAACAGUUGGAUAGAGUUGUUAAGUCAGGUCAGUCGCUGUAACCCGGGCAGACUCAGUGUGUUUCACCCCUCCGCUUACGUCAAUGCGUCCUGGUUAUGCUGCAAGGAAGCGAACGAGAACGCACCGGGCUGCAAACCCUGCACAGCGACAAUGUUGGCUAAUAUUCAACUUGACAUCGACUGCGACCGAGAAACAGAGCGAAUCUUUUUCUUCUUCUCAUCUAACCUCUCCAGACUACAGAAGAUGGAGGAUGCCUGUGCCGGUAUGUCUGUCUAUCUUGGGCAACAGAAGGAGCAGGAGGAGUAUUCGGCCUUCACUAUACAGGACCCUAAAGAGACCUUCCGCACCAUUACAGAGCUCAGAGCUGUCCUAGAGGAACUGCAGGCUCAUCACGACUUAAAGGCAGCGCUAACCGAUGAGCCAGGCACUAUUGAGAAUCCUAUAGUGGGAAAGACAGCGUAACACUUUGGCUAUGGGACCAAGUAAUACAGAUACAGCCACACCAGCAGAUGGCGCUGUGUUUGUCAACACGGAGGAGCACCGUCCAGGCAGAACCUCUGAGAACAUUUAGACGACAGGUGCCAGAGUCCACACGUGACUGAAUCCACGGCAUACGUGGAAGAAUUUGGCCAGUCGAGAGUCGAAUGAAGUAUCCGUGAGUCGCUGUCCAUGGGAUCAUCUGAGCUCUUUCCUGUGUGUGUGUGAUAUACAUUAUUUAAGAUUGUUCAGUAACCUCAAGGGUCGGUUCGCACAGCAAGAAACGAUUCUCAGCACCUCUUAUUCAUUCCUAACCAGGCUGUGAAAGUCCAGACAUGGCAAAUUUGUCUGAGAAAUUAUAGCUGCUAAAAUCCUCUUUGAAAGAACUCCAACUUCCAUUUAUUUUCUUUUUCCAUCAAAGUCAGAUUAACUCCGUCAAAGGGAAUAUUCAUAUUUUUAUCAUUCCUUAAUGCCAUUUCCUUUUGUGUGUGUGUGUGUGUGAUUUUCUGUCUGGUUGAUAAAAAUAAUCUGCCUUAUAAAUUCAGUGGAGGUACGUACAGUCCCACACUUGUGUAUGAAUUAGGGAGUAACUCAGAAGCACUUUAGAUAUUUGGAAAGUUCCAGAUGAGGUUGUUUUAGAUACGUGGUAUCAAUCUUUUUUUCCCAAUAUUGAUCAGUUACAUGAUCAGCUCUUGUGUAAUGUUCUGUAGAUAGCGUCGUUCAUAUCCGGUAGAGUUUUACUAGCUAUUUUUCUUAUGCCAAAGAAGUUGUUUUGUAGGUUUUCAUGACUUGAAAAGGGUAUACAUGUAGUUUUAUAAUUAUAGAAACGGAAAAUGAAUAUCUAUAUUUCAUUAAUGUGCAUUUUGGGGGCAUCAUACAUUUUGAUAAACCAUGAAGAAAAUUUGAAUCCAUUUUUGUAUGUUUAUUUACCCGUAACUACCGUGACAAACGUUUGGAUAUUUUAUUGUAUGCUGUCUUAAGCUCUGUGCCAAAACCUAGUAAGCCAACCAACAUUUUAAGGCAGGUGCACCUUUCAAAAGGUUUCAAGAUUGUCAAGUUAUUUUGCCACCAUCUAGCCUUUAAUCAAAGACAAUGCAAUUCCACAAUACCAUAAAACAAUUCAAUAUGGUAGACAAAUCAAGUAUAAACAUACUCUUGCUUGACAAAAGUUUGCUUAAACCCAUUAACUGGCGCUGUCCUGUGAGCGGGACACCUGAGUGUACGUCAAUAUUUUGCAUGUAAAUUUUAAUCUAUCACAACAAACUAUAUGUCAUUGGAAAGGUCCAAGAAUGUAGUUUCAUAUUUCAAAACAUUUUUUAAUACCAAUGCAGUAAUAAUGCUGCAGUGACAGUAAUUUAUUAAUUUGUGACGAGUAUGCAGCAAACCGUUGACACCUAGUGGCUGUUGUUGGUAAAACCACUAAAAGUGUAACACAAACCUUUUUUUUGUGUGAUUAUUUUAUGUUUAAAAUAAAUACUUUAUUGAAUUAUUUUAAUUUAUUACAAUAACCAUUUUGAAACAAGACCAAGAUCAGACUUCUAGACCAAGGUGUACAUAACUCCCCCCUCAAGAAAAGCUGCGCCAGUUUAGGGUUAACAUGAAAUCGUUAUUUAUCCGUGCACUACUACGUGCACUAGUUUAAAAGAGUAUUUGUGUGAAACAUAUGUCGCCUAUGUAGACAGCAAGCAGCUCACUAAGGUUUGGGACAGAGCUAUAACUGUAAAUUGUUUGGUGUAAAGUCACAAUCACUCGUGUCAUGUUUGUGAUGUCACAGUUUUUCCAUUGGUUGUCCUGUUAUGUUCGGAUAGAUUACAGGUCUACACUUACAAUCAAUCUAGUUUUGACUUGCUGUAUUGUCUUUGGAAAUAAUAUGUCACAUUGCUUUUCUGCCUAUAGCGGUCUAAAUCACUCAUUCUCAAACUGGUUUCUUAUUAUACAAAAACAGGGCACAGGUCUGUUCUGGUAGGUUUGAAGAGAGCACGGAAAUUCAACUAAAUAAUAUCGAUAAAAAUUUAGGGCUGUCAAUCGAUUAAAAUAUUUAAUCUAGAUGAUUGUCAUGAGUUAACUCGUGAUUAAUCGCAACUUAAUUGCACAUUUUUAUCUGUAUAUUUACCUUAAUUUAAAAAAAUUAAGUUUUUAAUAUCAACAUGGGCAUGGACAGAUAUGGAUGCUUUAUGCAAAUGUGUAUUUAUUAUUAGUGAAAGAGUCAGCAAAGUUAAUUUUAAGUCUUUAAAUCUUAAAAUCGCUGGUUAAACUAAAAGAUUUGGCAUACACAAAGUCAAAAAAUAUAUCAAUACUUUUUUUUCUUUUAUUGUUUGAUUGACAUCGUUUUCGAGUCUUGUCGCUCUUAUUAACUCUUUUAACAUCAAUUUAUGCAUUUUAUUUUCUAAACAGUCCUUCCAGAAAAACAUAGAUUUUUUUGUGACUGUUGCGGGCAAAAAUCCUUGAUCUCUUGUGGCACGUUUUCUUAAAAAAUGCGAUGGAAUAUGCGGGAUAUUUAUAAAAUUUUAUGCGAUGAAAUUGCGGGAACUUGCAAAAACUGUUUGCAGCUUUUCAGUGAUGUUCACGUCACAUAAUCACGUCACUUCAUAACGUUCCCAUGGCGCUUGUGUGAAGUAAAUGCAACAUUUUUCAACUUUCUGCUAAGAUAUAUGUGAUUUUUGCUACGAAAAUGCGGGGGUUUGGAAAUCAUGCAAGCCCUGCAUAUUUUGCGCACGGAAAUCUGCAAUUUAUGCUGCGAAAGUGCGGCGUAUUUGAAAAAAUGCGUCCCCCACAUAAAUAUGCGUACUUUGGCUGAUUAUGCGUUAAAGCAACACCAAAGAGGUUUUUUUACCUUAAAAUAACGUUUCCAAAAAACUUUCAGUGGUUCAUCCACACAAAACAGGGUGAAUGGCACUUUCACAUUCGCUUUGCAGCCCUCUAUCGGCCAAAACCGCACUAAAGAAGUUUCCAACCGUCGGGUAGUGGUCCUGUAGUUCGAGUGAAAACUACAAAAACUUGCUUUACGGCAGACCUACAAUCCAAUCAGAGCCAGCUAUGCUGCAGUAUUUACGACAGUGGUAAUGAACAAUUACGCUUCUAACCUGUAGGGGGAGCAAAGAGCCAGAGUUCUUUAGUGUUGCUUUAAAUUAUGAGAUUGCAUAAUCGUGUUUUUCUGGAGGGACUGUCUAAAUGUUUUAAACUGAAAAUAACAUCUGAAGACGCACAAGUGGAUGGGAACACAUUCUUAGUUAAGCAUCCCAGAAAACGUACAAAUAAAGAUCAUUUUAGAUGUUUUCUGUCCAUUUACUUUCUAAGGCUGCGUCUCAAUUUAUCCAACAACAUGCUAGGCCAAGGGUCAAACCCAAAUUUUGCAUUGUAUUAAUCACACAUUAAUAAAACUAGUGUCAUUAAAUUAAUUUACGUUAACUCGUAUUCAUGUCUUCAUUUUGACAGCCCUAAAAAAACAAAGAUAACAAAAUAAGCUUAUCACAUUUUAUAAGGGACAUUUAUUUUGUAAUUGCUUUUGUAAAUCAUGUUUUGACUGGGAUUAAUUAUUGGAUAAAAGGUUAUUGCAUAUGCAUAACCCUGUGUUGGGUCAAAAAGGGACAAACACAAUCUUUAACCUAAGCUGAUAUGUAUCAACUCAGAAUGCUGGGUUGUUUUAACCAAAUUUACAAAGACGCCAACAUGACCAGGUUGUACAAUGUGCCCUCUUUUUUAAAAAAACAUUAACAAGACAUCACAAAGUACUCUUUUUAUAAUAAAAGCAGGUUUAACUGUAUGAUUUAUUGGCUUAAGAUCAUGCAAUCAUUGAAAUUCGAUGUUGUAUAAUAAAACCAGUUGAGAAGCACUAGUUUAGAUCUGCUAAAAGCUAGCUAGCAUAUGUGUGUUAGCAUGCAUUUGAAGUGUACUUAGCGUCAUCUUUAAUUUGACCUUUUAUAAAAAGAAAUCAAUUUUUUUAUUUAAAUCAUAAGGGACCUGCAAAGUGUUGAUAUUUGAUGAAAAAUUGAUUGAAGUUUUUUUAUUUUAUGCUGUCCGAAUGUUCUGUUCUGAACAAAUGCUAGUUAAAAAAAUGAUCGUGUAUGUUUUGUAAGAAGAUAUUUUCUUAAUCAAGAUUUAUAAAGCAUUGAUAAAGAGACGAACAGUUCCGUCGCGAACGAUUUAUGCAAUAUUCACAAUUUUCCAUUUGAUAUUUGUCUAGUUCCUGUUCAUUUGUCUUUUUUAUGUUUUUGUAACACACUGUGACCUGAAUGUUAACAUGAUUUGUCAAUGCAUUGACUGAAAGGUACAUGAAUGUUAUUGUGGUACUGUGAGGCUUCAUCAGAAAUGUGGUAGUGGUCAACCUUCAUUCAUAUCCACUGUCUGUGGUAGAGACUUGAGUCACUUGAGUUCACUUAACACUGUGGUAGUACCACAGACCUCCUUUAUUGAUUCCUCUCGUCCCGUGUGGUUUCUGUGUACUCAUUCAGUUCCACCAUCAUUCAUCCAAGCAUAGAUCCAUACAAACCGAACAUGCAGAGAGCAUUUUAACCAGCAUCCAGUGGCCUUGACCCCCAAACCAGAUUAUUUUUUUAACAUUCCCAAUAUAGCACUUAGCUUAGACUCGAGUCACUCGACAGAACAAUAGUGCAGGCAAUGUCAUUGUAUUCUUUAACUUUUAACUGGUACGAAUCUACAAUCCCCAUAUCUUAAGUUCAGAUUGUCGUUUGCUUGUGUUUCACAAACCCCAUCCUGUUGAGCUCAAAUGGCGUAUUGGGUCAAAUACAUGUAAGUCUUAUUGUAGUUAAAUGAUGCAUUUCUUAAGUUAUUAUAAUUUUAGAUCAAUAAUGUAAGUCUGUAAAACUGCUAUAAAUAUUUGCACAAAUUUGACCACUUUUUUUUGUCGACCCAAUUCCUCUUUAUCUUCCAGCGUAUUACUAACUGUACUGGACAUGUUUGCUUCGUUUUGUUAUUUAAAUGUUUUUAUACUUUUAUUUUCACAACACAAGCUCACAUAAUUCCUCUGUUAUUAGUUCUGUGGAAUUAAUUUGCAAUAAAUAUAUUGUUUGUG